AUGCGGGACGAGCCGAGCCCUCUGGGCACCCAAGCCUCAGACCUCGCCCUACGACAGGACUCACCCGACUUCCCCGACUUCCUCGCGUCCAUCGGUCUCGGACUACUUGAAUCGUCGCUCCUCUCCCCUUCACCGUCUCCUUCUCCCUCACCCCCUCUACCAUCUCUUCCUGCCCUCCCUCUGCCAAACGGUUCCAGAGACAAUGCUACUCCCACCAAUCCUAUGCCCGCUGGAAAUGCUACGCCCACUGCCAACGGCAACAUGUCUACUCCCAUCGCGAACGGCAGCAUCUUUAGCGACCACAAUGCUACUUCCACGGCCGUGGCCAGCGACAACAACGACGCCAGUGCCGUUCUGCGGGAUUUGAUCGGACGUUUAGACCAGGACCAGUGCGUCCCCCCCACCGGUAACGGCAACGACCGCGAUGUGACUCCUACCGCCAGCCGCCGCGACUGCAAUGCGACCCCGACCGUCAAUGGCAACAACAAUGUGGUCACUGCUCUACCAGAAGUCACCGCGCAGUUGAACCAGCCCGCCUCCCCUACUGCCAACGGCAACAAUGAAGAUGCCAAUACUGUUCUGCAUCACCUCACAGCGCAGUUGGGUGAGAACCAGCCCGUUCCCCCCACUGCCAAUGGCAAUAACAAUGUCAUUGCUGCUGCCGUGCCAGACGUCACUGCGCAGAUGGACCAGAACCGACCCGCUCCCCCUUCCGCCAACGGCAACGAGCCCGAUUCUGCAGACUUGGACCGGCAGCAGCGCGCGUUCUCGGUCGCGUCCAGCUCUUCAUCCAUUAUCUUUCUCCCAACCCCGCCGCGACCCCCGCCGCCAGAGCCUAUCGACGUUGAUGCCCUUCCCGAUACCCCGGAACCCAUUAAACCCGUUGAGCAGCGUGACGAAGACGGGCCCCCACCGUCCAAGCGGCCUAAACGGGAACACAUCGACGAAUCCUUGGACUCGCAAGACGCAGCACGUCGUUCACGCCGAGUGUCCGCAAUGGCGCGGCCCGACUACAGACUCAGGCGCCCGCCUCGAACUGCCGACCCCACUCCCCUCCUGCCAAGUGGCAGUCUACCAGCGACCCAAAACGCCAGUCUACCAUCGACCCAAAACGCCAGUCUGCCUUCAACGCAGCAACCUCCGUCCUCGACACAAGCCAAGCCCAAGCCAAAGAUGUACAAGUCGAAGAAGCAGCCUGCUGUCUGGGUCCCUCCUCGUGGCAUCGACAAGCCUGUCCAGCGCUUCGGACCACACGUACCGCGCAACCCAUGUGCCCCGACGGUGUCAUCUCUGAACCUCGAUGGCGACGCCGCUGUGCCUGGCCAUGCAGACGUAGACGGGGCAGACGCGCCGCCGAGCUCUUUACCACUGGCACCACAGGCGACGACGCGCGCCUGCGAAGUCCAGAUGAUGGGCGGCGACCGCGGCCGUGGGCUAGUCGCGACGCGCGACCUCAGUGCCGGCGAGGUUAUCCUGGCCGAAAAGCCCAUCUUCACCGCGAAACGCGACUGCGGCGUCAACGAGCUGCUCGCCAAGGUCAAGGACAUGUCGCCAGCAUGGCUCAUGCUGCUUCUGUCGUUCGAGUGCUCGGGCGGAUACCUACCGGCCAUCGAGGGUAUUCUACAGGCCAACGGCAUUCCCUGCGUCGAGGACGAGGACGGCGAGGACGAAGAACCUCUGAUGGGCGUGUUCGAGUUCAUCUCUCGCAUUAACCAUUCGUGCUCGCCAAAUGCCGGGUGGGCGUGGAGCGACGCAGACCAGAGAAUGCUCCUCGUCGCGUGCCGGCCGAUUCCAAAAGGUCAAGAGCUCGUCGCGUGGUACACCGACAACGACAGCCUGCUUGAGCCCCGCGCCAAGCGCCGCGCCAUGCUAGCGGACCUGCUCAAGUUCGAUUGCGAGUGUCACGUCUGUUCUGCACCACGCGCAGACAUUACAGCAUCCGACGCACGCCGUAGGCGCAUUGCGACCAUUAUUGCGCGGUGGAAGGGCAAGCACUUUGACGAGACGUUCUUCGCUGACCCCUAUGUCCUCGAGGAAGCUGUCGAGGCCGGCUCACUUGCGCACCUAGAGGGCCUGGUGUCACCACUGAUAGAGAUCUACCUCUACCAGUUUUACAUUUUUGCCGUCUGGGGCAGGAAGGAGCAGGCCAAGGACGCGGCAAAGUACUCGUUUCGCGCGCUGGUCUGUGCCAACGGCCGCACGUUUGCCAAAAAGCAUUUUAUCGCAAAACUGAUAAAAGAGCCAGAACGCUGGGAGUCGUACGGGUACAUGGUGCCCGCCCCCGCCAAGUAG